AUGGGAAGUAGUAACUAUGAUUAUACUCAUAACCAACCAUUUCUCUACCCUUCAUAUCUCAUUCCUUUUGGGAAGGAAUCGAGCAGCUCAUGGAAAGAAUCUGAGACUCAAUCUUCAAAUGAUUUUGCUCAUGGACAACGUCAACCAAUCUCGGAUCCAUAUGGGUGGCAUGUUAACAAUUACAUGCAAAACUAUUUUGGGGAUUUAUCAUUUGAUGACUACUCUUCACAAUACACUUACUCUACACAUAGAGAUGAUGAAGAUAGUGAAAAAUUUGAACCUCAUAGGAACUCUAUGUGGUACUAA